AUGACCCCCCCCAGGCCCCCUGCUGGAGCCCCUCCGCCGCCACCCCCUGGCCCCCCCCCACCGCCGGGCCCCCCCCCACCUCCUGCCCCCCCAGCCGCGGGGGUGCUGGGGCCCCCCCCGUUACCGGGGGCUGGGGGGGGUGGGGGGAGCCCUGGUUUCGCUGCUGCCAUCGCGGGGGCCAAGCUCCGGAGGGUCAAGGAGGAGACAGCAGGGAACCCCCCUGCACCCCCCAAGGGUGACGGUGCCCGGGGGGGCACCGGGGGAGGGGGGUUGAUGGAGGAGAUGAACGCGAUGCUGGCCCGCAGGAGGAAAGCCACGCUGCAGGGGGACAAACCAGCGCCCAAGAGGGACGAGGACGUCACCAACGACGAGGCGGAGCCGGGCACUAGGACCCAGGGGCAGCCCCGCGGCCAGCGCCCUCUCCCCACAGAACCCAUGCGGAGGCCGUGGGAGAAGGGGAGCAACACGCUGCCCAGGAUGAAGUCAGCUGCUCCAGCUGCCCCCAGCGACCCCCCCGCUCCCACUGAGGAGCCCGAACUUGAGCGAAUCAAACAGGAGCUGCUGGAGGAGAUGAGGAGGGAGCUGCAGAAGAUGAAGGAGGAGCUUAUUGAAGCCGUUGUGAUGGAGCUGAGGAAGCGGAGCCUGCCCUGACCCCCCCCACGACCCCAGAUUUGGGGGUGUGGGGGUCCCUACACUUCCCUCCCCCCAUCCACUGCCCUGGGCCCCCCCAGGCUGUGCCUUACCGCUUUGGGGGGCCCCAGCAGCCCCCCUCGCACUGUGCACCCCCCGCUCCCCCCGGACACUUCAGGG